CCGGGGACUAUUCCGGUUGGUCGUUGAGGCGGUGAGGGUGCGCUCUGCGCGCCGAAGAUCAUUCGGUGACUUUCAAACUCAGUGCUGAAGGCGAGUGGGUCGAGUCCGGGUUGCUGGUUACGAACGGUCUCGCAAGGCUGCUGCAGAGCGAGUGAGUGCGACGAAAUUCAGAGGCUCUUCAUUCUAGCUGGACGGCGGCGAUGCUGGCGGCCGGAGCCCCGGUGAACAAGCGGCCGCGCGUCGACGCGCGAGGCCCCAUUAGCAACGGCCCGAUGCCGCGACCACUGGUGGCGCUGCUCGACGGGCGCGACUGCUCCGUCGAGAUGCCCAUCCUCAAGGACGUGGCCACGGUGGCCUUCUGCGACGCCCAGUCCACCUCCGAGAUCCACGAGAAGGUGCUGAACGAGGCGGUGGGGGCCCUCAUGUGGCACGGCAUCAGUCUGCUGAAGGACGACCUGGAGAAGUUCAAAGCACUCAAGAUCAUCGUGCGCGUCGGCAGCGGCGUGGACAACAUCGACACCAAGGCUGCCGCCGAGCUGGGCAUCUCGGUGUGCAAUGUGCCGGGCUUCUCCGUGGAGGAAGUGGCCGAUUCGACCAUGUGUAUGAUCCUGAACCUGUACCGCCGCACCUACUGGCUGGCACGCAUGGUCGCCGAGGACAAGAAGUUCACCGGCCCUGACGCGAUCCGGGACGCGGCCAACGGUUCGGCACGCAUCCGUGGCGACACGCUGGGCAUUGUCGGCCUCGGUAGGAUCGGCCAGGCAGUCGCCCUGCGCGCCAAGGCGUUCGGUUUUGCCGUCAUCUUCUACGACCCCUACAUCCAGGAGGGCAUCGACCGCGCCAUAGGCAUCACGCGCGUCCCCACGCUGCAGGACCUGCUAUUCCAGUCCGACUGUGUCACCCUGCACUGCACGCUCAAUGAGCACAACCACCGGCUCAUCAACGACUACACGAUCAAGCAGAUGAGGCCAGGCGCCUUCCUGGUGAACACGGCCCGCGGCGGCCUGGUCGACGAGGAGGCGCUGGCUGCCGCCCUCAAGGAUGGCCGUAUUCGCGCCGCCGCCCUCGACGUUCACCAGAACGAGCCGUACAACAUCUUCCAAGGCCCUCUGAAGGAGGUGAAGAACAGCAUCAUCGCCACGCCGCACGCCUCCUACUACUCGGAGGCGUCGUUCACCGAGCUGCGCGAGGUGGCCGCCUCCGAGAUCCGGCGCGCCAUCGUCGGCCACAGUCUGCGCAAUUGCGUCAACAAGGAGUACCUCAAGCUCGCCUCCUACGGCGACGGCCUGAACGGCGCCGGCGCGCCCGGGCUGCCAGCGCCCGGCGCUCCCGGCAGCUACUACCCGGCCCAGAUGGCGCGUGGGAUGGGUGUGGCGGCGCACUCGACCUCGGCCCAUGAGGCUGCGCCGCACUCCGCACCGUCCUCUCUCCCCCACCAUCUCCCUGCGGCGCAACCGACCAGCACGCAAGAGAGCCAUAGCCUAAUAAAGCCAGAGUCGUCGGACAUUCACUGAGUGGCGCCGGGGAGUGCGCCGCGGGGCAUGGGCGGCGCCGGCGCGCGCCCGCCGCGCCGCCGGAAGACGGCUGGCGGCACCGGCCGCAGCGGCACGGCCUCGCAGACGCGGCCAUGUGAUAGACGGGGCGCGGCCCCGCGACACGGCGCCGCCGGCCCCAUUUGUCUCACUCUCUGUGUUCGAAGCGCCGGGGGCUGCGCGUGCGAGAGGGGCGUGAGAGGCGCGCGCGCCGGCCGCGCGG